AGCGCGAACUCAAGAGCAAACCCUUCCAGGCCCGGGCGCCAGUCUAAAUCAUCAUGGGAUUUAGGUUCAGCUAUCUCAAUACCGUGUACAGAACCUGUAUCACAAGGCUCUCAUCACGAUCUUACGAGAAAAGUCUGCCUUCCUUGCUGGUAUCGGCGAAUCUUCAUCGAUUUGACUCUUCCUUGUUAGUCUCUAACCAUCCGGUAUUCAGAAUUACUAGGAGAUGGCAUAUGGGACAUUCUCAUGGGGAUCACGAACAUCAGCACCUCCUCCUUCAAAAGGAAGGAGAGAACAUUUUUAGGUUGGGUCUGGCCUCUGACAUUGGUUUGGCCACAGGAAAGGCCUUAGUCGGUUAUCUUUCUGGAAGUACAGCCAUAAUUGCUGAUGCUGCUCAUUCCAUAUCUGAUGUGGUUCUAAGUGGCGUAUCUUUGUGGUCUUUCAAAGUUGCCAAGGCGCCUAAAGAUAACGAACACCCAUAUGGACAUGGUAAGUUUGAGACUCUCGGAGCCCUUGGAAUUUCUUGUAUGCUUCUGGCGACCGGUGGUGGCAUUGCAUGGCACGCUAUAGAUAUCCUGCUGGGAUUGUACUCCUCUGGUCCUGAAAUGGUUAGCCAGUUAUUGGCACAUGAGCAUUUGCAUAGCCACCAGCAUGGUGGACAUCAUCACCGAAUUGACAUGGAUCACCCCGUUCUAGCUCUGAAUAUGGCUAUUGUGUCUAUAUGUAUUAAAGAAGGGCUUUACUGGGCAACAAAGCGAGUUGGUGAAAGGCAAGGUAGUGGACUGAUGAAAGCAAAUGCAUGGCAUCAUCGUGCAGAUGCAAUUUCAUCUGUAGUUGCUCUCAUUGGAGUUGGAGGCUCCAUCCUCGGUGUGAAGUUUCUAGAUCCGCUUGCAGGACUUCUUGUCUCUGGGAUGAUUCUAAAAGCUGGAGCUGAAACGGGUUACCAAAGCAUCAUGGAACUGGUGGAUGCUGCAAUUCCAUCACAGCAAAUGGAUCCUAUCAAACAAACAAUACUGCAAGUUGAUGGUGUCAAGGGUUGCAAUCGCUUGAGAGGAAGGAGAGCUGGUUCAUCUUUAUAUCUUGAUGUGAAUAUUGAGGUUGAUCCUUUUUCUAGUGUGAGUGCUGCACAUGACAUUGGGGAAAAUGUCCGUCAUCAUAUACACAAAUCCCAUCCGACAGUGGCUGAAAUUUUCAUACACAUCGAUCCUGCAGAUCAGCAAGUUACUUGGAGCGAUGAUAUGGAUCAAAACUCCGGCAUUCCUACCGGACAUAAUCAUAUUGAUAAGAUUGUUUCUGACAUCAUCUCAUCAAACUUCGCACAGAUGGCAGUCGAACGGGUAACACGGCACACAUUGCAAGGCAAAAUUAUUCUUCAAAUUGAGGUUUCCAUGCCCCCCGAUAUGCAAAUUCGAAAUGCAAUGGAAAUAGCAGAGGAAGCAGAGAAAGAGGUUUUGAAGGCCGUCUCGGAUGUUACUCGUGUCAGCAUUCAGCUACGACUAGGGAGACCAAUUCCGCAGUUGAAUCAUUUACAGGAAUAGUCCAUGAAGUUGCAAUUUUUAGCAACUCCACGCCCACGUCUAUGCAUGUUUCUCGAAUGCGAAAAUGGGGCAAAGCUGAAGCAAUAAAGUAAUCCACAUUUGUUCUGUGCUUUAUUUUUUUUUGUUAUAAUUUUGUUUUGUACUUAAUAAUGACAUGAUAUUGCUUUCUCAAGGCACUUCAAGUGCUGUGAAAACAGUUAUUACAUGCCAUGCAUCACAUUCUAUAACUUUGAAUUUAGAUCAUGUUAAUUUAUGCCCUUUUAAACGGGAAAAAAAA